GAAGACAGGAAGACGGCUCACUGCAUGCAUGUCUCGGAUGCGCCACGUCCACCAUUUGGGGUUUCCAGGCGGGUGGGGUUGGCGAUCAUGGAGCCACAGUGGGAUUGAGUGGCCAUUGUGAAUCCUGUUCAUCCUUCGCGGCAGGCGGACGAGCCGGAUCAUCGGAUCGAAUCGGAUAAUCAAGGGGCAGGCAAUUCAUCGACGAUGAAAGCCUCCUAGCUUUUUCAUUGGGAACACGAGGGAGGUUGUUGUGUUGUUGUGAAUAUUGCUAAGAUGCGACCGGAGUGAAGUGUUGAAAAGACAGUUCGACAGUGCUUCUAUUCCGAGCACCGAUCAGUCGGGAUGUGCUGGCUGGUGCAGCUGAACACCGCAUCAGCAUCUGUCACCACUUGUUGCCGAUGCACUCAGCGACCUGUCAACAACAUCAGCGGAAUGCACUGUGCUAAGAAUAGCUGGAAUGCAGGAUAUCGAUAAGAAUAGAACAGUGGCAGGGCUGAGGGGCACGAUGCAGGCGAAGAUUAUCACUGGGGUGAUGAGGUGGACAUGUUGGACCAUCUCAAGCCCAGAAACAAUCACGCCCAGCAGUCAGCAGUGCAACCUCAACAACUGGUAUCUUAUUCCAUCACAUCACAUCACAUCGCAGGUAUUCGGUAGAAGAUGGGGAUGGAUGGACACGGAGCAAACCGCGUCACACCGACAACGCCAAGGCAGUGGCCGGUUCACAAUCGCCACACACUGCCAGGACAACCAUGUCGCCUUGUGAUGACUUGGAUGAAAAUGCCUCCCAGCCAGCUUCAUUUAUCGAAAUG